UCAACGAAAGAAACUUGUCAAUGUCGUUCGUGGAUAAAUCAUAAUAUUCACAUUUCACAUGUUAUUCACAGAAAUCUAGAAAAAAUUAAAUAUUAUAAAAUUUAUAACGACAACCAUUUACCAUGUCGUUACGUUUAGAAGUUGAAAAGAAAAAAGCCCUAGAAGAAAUGCGCAAAUUAAUGGCAGACCGUAAAAACAAGGAUAAAAAGCCUAUAAAAAUAAACAACCCACUUGCAAAAUAUAAUAAUGCUGGACAACUUAUGUGUGUUUUGUGUUCUUCCAUAGUGCGGUCUGAAAAUGUGUGGCAAGUUCAUGUAAACAGUAAACAGCACAGAGAAAAUGUUGAACAAGCAAAGAAAUUAAAAGAGCUAACUAAUAAUUUCACAGAUAAAAAAAUUAAGAAAAGACCAAAUACAUCAUUAGGAGAUCCACCGCAAGAGAAGAAGAUAAAAGGAAUUUUAAAAAAUGCUAGUGAAAAUCCAGUUGUACAAAUGGCUAAACCAAAAAAUAAUGCGCCUACAAUAAUAACUUAUCACAAUGAAGAAAUUAAAAGAACUGUUUUAGAACCGAUUAUUAAAGAAGGCACAAGUAAAGAUGAAAUUUCAAAUGCAGCUACAGCAAAAGAAGAUUCAAAAUCCCAGGAAGGCAGUGAUCAACCAAUCCCUGAAGGUUUUUUUGAUGACCCCAUUUUAGAUGCAAAGGUCAGAAAUAUUGAGUAUAAAGAUCCUGUGGAGGAAGAGUGGGAAAAGUUUCAAAAGGAAAUUAAAGAAGAAACUACAACUUCUGCCGAAAUUAUAGCUGGAGAACAAGAAGAAGCAACGGCGGAAAGACAAAUCGAUGAAAUUGAUGAACAAAUUCGGAAUUGGUCAAGAGUUCUUGACUUGGAACUGAAGAAAGAAGAGACAAAGAAGAAGAAGCAAGAUGUGGAAUUGAUGAGUGAAGAUGAAAAUGAUUCUGAAAAUGAUGUUGAUAUUGAUGAAUUUUUGGACUGGCGAGCAAAAAAGUCAUAUAGCUAAUAUAUUGUUAAUUGUGUGAGUCACAGUACACAAGAGCUCACUCAGUGUAACCCUUGUGUUACUGUAAUAUAAAA